UCUUUUGCCAAAGAUUCAGAAAGGAGAAAGACACUAGUAAACUACUCCAAAGCCCAAACAAUAAGAUGCUUAACUACAACAAAGGCCCGACCAAUAAACAAAAAUGGAAGCUUUGAGAAAUAAACAUCAUUUUUUCUCUCCUCUCUCACAAAUUUGAAGCUGUGAGAAACUCAACAAUGGAGGAAGACAAAGCAGCGGCAUACUACGACGAGUUAACUCGGAAAGGAAGUGGCGCUGCCCGAUUUAAGCAAGGACUCGGUUUCUCCUCCGCCGAAACUUCCGACGAACCUCCAUUAAAGGGUUCAGCUUUACCUUCAUCUUCAUCAUUUCUCAGUAAUUUCGUCAAAGCGUCGGGACCCACCAAGGAAAUAUUGGAGGAUAAGAAAACCCAGAUUGAGAAUAUUCAAAAUAAGCUCAAAAAAAGGGGACCCACAUCCUCCAUUGAUGCCCCUUCUGAAGAAACUAGGGUUAGGGUUAGGGAUAGAAGGAGAAGUAGGAGCAGAGAGAGAGAUAGAGAUAGAGGAAAGGAAAAAGAUAGAAGGAAAGAUAAGGAUUUGAGGAGAGAGAGGAGUAGGAGUAGGAGUAGGGAGGGCAGGAGGAGGAAGAGUGGUAGAGGGUCUGAUGAGGACGGAGAGAGAUUAAGAAGGCGGUAUCGGUCAUCGAGUAGAGAAGGAAGGAAGGAGAGAGGUGGGGAGAGGAGGAGGAGGAGGAGUAGGUCUAGGAGUUAUUCUGAUGGGGAGAGAAGGAGAGGGAGAAAUAAGGGAAGAAGUAGGAGUAGGAGUGUUUCGCCAAGGGAUCGAAGGCGGUCGGAACAAGGAAGAGAAGGUGGUGGUGGGAAAGAAAGGAGAGUGGUGAAGAAGGAGGGUAAUGGUGCAGCUGAUUAUGCUAAGUUGAUUGAUGGGUAUGAUAAGAUGACACCUGCAGAAAGAGUCAAAGCUAAGAUGAAACUUCAGCUUUCACAAACAGCUGAAAAAGAUACUAAGAUGGGCACUGGCUCACAGUGGGAGCGGUUUGACUUCAAUAAAGAUGCUCCUCUGGAUGAUAAGGAAGUAGAAGCUGCUGAUGAUGACGCAGCACUGCUCAAACAUAUUGGCAAAACCUUUCGGUUUACUUCUCUUGAGACAAAGAGAGAGGAUGAAGUUAAGAAUGCUCAUGAUGAAGCCAUGUUUGGAGUGCCAGCACCUCAACCUGAUCCGUCCUCUGCAUCGGAAAGUGAAGAAGAGAGAGGAAAUGAGAAUGAAAACAAAGAGACUAAUGAUGAUGACCGCGCCAGCAGUUUCAUGAAUGAAAAGAUUCUUCUGAAGCAACAAGGCUCUUGGCGAGAUCGUGCUCGUAGAAAUGCUGGCUGAUUUCUGGCUAACACGGUCGAACACAGUUACAACAAAUCCUUUGGUAAAGUUCCUCUGAGGAACUUCUUGUGGAACCAAUACACAAGUUGGUUCAGCAAAUUUUGUUGCAAUCGCUAUGAGAGUUCUGUAAUAUGUACCAUAACAAUCUGAAUGGCUAAAAGUCGAACAAGUCGAUUCUUCAUUGUAAAGUCAUUUUGUAAUGAAAUGGUUAAUGUUAUAAUUUAGGCCUUGUUUGGUUGUAUAUAGGAAGUCAUACUUCCUAUGAAGUUGUUUUUCCCAUGUAUUUGAAAUUCGUAGGAAGUGUAAAAUUGUGUUUGGUUGAUAAUGGGAAGUAGAAUUUACUAUGGGAAGUUCUACUUACCUAGGGGGACCUAGGUAAGUAACUUCCUCCAUUUUGGAGGAAGUAGAACUUCCUAGGAAGUGCAAAUUCCCAUGAUUUUGCUAACCAAACAACUUCAUAUACUUCUACUUCCUAGGAAUUUGCACUUCCCAUGAUUUGUUUUGUCAACCAAACAAGGCCUUAUAUGCUGAUAGUUUAGUACCAUUCUAUUAAUAGCACUUGAUCUUUUUGAGGGGUUGGUCAAUCUUCUAUUAUUUCAUCAAUUAUAUAUAAUACUAUGUGGUAAAUUUACUUAAA